AUGACAGAUACAUUCUCAUACGAUUACAAAACAGUACAAAAUCAGCCGCAGUUUAACUAUGAAUUUGGUUCAACUUAUGCACCCAGAGUUUCUUAUCAUUUUAACCCAAAAGUAUCAAGCUAUCAUUUUGGUGUACGACACCCAAUGAAACCCUUUCGCUUAAUGUUGACUGAUCAUUUAGUUUCAGGCUAUGGUCUACAUAAGAUUAUGGAUUUAUACGAAACAAGAAAGGCUUCAGAUGAUGAAUUGCUAGAAUUUCAUACAGAUGAUUAUAUUAACUUCUUAAAAAAAGUUAACCCAGAUAACGUUAAUAAAAUGCCAAGAGGUACAUUAGAUAAAUUUAAUAUUGGCGAUGAUUGCCCAAUUUUCCACAAUUUAUAUGAAUAUAGUUCUCUUUAUACGGGUGCUUCGUUAGAUGCAUCAAGAAAAUUGCUAAAUGGACAGUCAGAUAUUGCCAUCAAUUGGUCUGGUGGCUUACAUCAUGCCAAAAAGACCAGCCCAUCUGGAUUUUGCUAUAUUAAUGAUAUUGUUUUAUCGAUCUUAAAUCUAUUACGAUUUCAUCCAAGAGUCUUAUAUAUUGAUAUCGAUUUGCAUCACGGAGAUGGUGUUCAGGAAGCUUUUUAUACUACAGAUCGUGUUUAUACUGUGUCAUUUCAUAAAUACAACGGCGAAUUCUUCCCAGGAACAGGUAAUUACGAUGAGACUGGCUGUUCAAAUGGUAAGCAUUUUGCUUUAAAUGUUCCAUUAAAGGACGGGAUUGAUGACGAUUCAUAUAUUAAUCUUUUUAAAUCAAUUAUUGAUCCAUUGAUUACUUCUUAUAAUCCAACUGUUAUUAUUCAACAAUGUGGUGCAGAUUCAUUGGGCCAUGAUAGACUAGGAUGCUUUAAUUUGAAUAUAAAAGCGCAUGGUGAAUGCGUAAAAUUCGUAAAAUCCUUCGGAAUACCCAUGCUUGUAGUUGGUGGGGGUGGCUAUACUCCAAAAAACGUAUCUCGUCUUUGGACCUAUGAAACUGGUAUCUUAAAUAAUGUUCUCUUAUCGCCCGAAUUACCCAGUGAUAUUCCUUUCCUUAAUUAUUUUGAUGAUGAAUAUUCCUUAUAUCCUGUACUAGAUGACCUUUAUGAAAAUAAGAAUUCAAAGCAAUUUUUGGAAGACUUAAGAAUACGGUGUUUAGAACAAAUAAGGUAUUUAAAGGGUGCGCCAAGCGUUAGGAUGGAUGCAGAUGUUAUUCCAACUCAAGAUUUAACUAAAUUAACCCAAGAUGAAGAGGAUGCUCUUAAAGAACUAAAUGAGGAGCAGGAUGAAGAGGCUGAUCAAAUGAGGUUAGCACAAAUUGAAAAGGACAAUGCUCGAAUAUGUGAACUUGUUGAAUGA